UAUGUUUUAUGUUUCAAUAAUCAGCUUGUUAUUUGAAAAUUAGAGGUUCGAUAAGAAACGUAUUAGUCCCUGCACUUCUGCUGAAUAUCACGAUUUAAAUAUUCGUACAUAAUAUUGUUAUCCUUAUAGACUUAAUAAUUUCCUACAAAAUGGCGCGUAAUGUGUUUUGUGGUAUCGCUUUCACGGCACCGAUUGUGUUAUUUUUAUGUUAUCAGAACAUAACAAUCAACAUUAUUAACUUUUUUUUUACUAAUAUUACUAAUUAUUAAUUUAAAUAUUUUUAGACAUUCAUAUGAAUUUUAUAGUGAAGAUUUUUAAAAUAUUCCAAAUUUAACAAGUGAACAAAAUGAGCAAUCAAAGUUCAGCGGCUAAAGUCGGUGAGAUUUUCAGUGCUGCUGGUACUGCAUUCAGUAGAUUAGGGGAACUAACAUUGACAUUGCAACCCACAAAUGAUACUCCAACACCCAACAGCAAAUGGACUGAUGACGAUAUAGAAAUGUUACAAAGUGCUGUAAAGAAAUUCACAGAUGACCUAGCUAUUAUCUGCGACCAAAUCAAACAGCGAACAGUAUCACAAAUACAUACAACUCUCAAAAGAAAAUCCUAUGAAAAUCGAGCACUCAAUCCGGCUGCAUUGACAAGAACACCAAUGUCUUUAACAUCACCAAUAUCAACAAAUAUACUUAGUACAAAAUGUAACUCUGCUGAUGUGACAUUAAACAUGUUGAAUGCACCUCAAGAACAUAAUUCUGGUUCAGAUGAUAUUCCUAGUGAAAAUAACCGACACAGCUUCAAUUGUGGUGUUGAUAUUGAAUAGCUAAGAUCAAAUUCUAAAUAAAUUUACCUGAAAUACCAAUAAUUGACUUUAAUUAAAAAGUUGUGUUAUGUUAUCAAUUACUUGAUGGUUACUCAUUUAAUGGUCUCUUUUUUCUCCAUAUUAGAAAAAUAUCUAUAUUAAGUACUUCCUUUUUAUCUUUAUUUUUUUAUUUUUAUAUGUUUGUUUUUCAUUUUUA